AAGGCAGAGCGCUGCGAAAUGCUGAGCUUUGCCCAGUUGCUUUUGGAGCCGGGGGGGUUUGGGAUGCGGUGCCGGAGGCCGCGGUGCGGGGCCGUGCGGGGCAGAGCCGGGGCGUCGAUGCGGUGCUUUUGCUUUCUAUGUAUCUGUGUUGUGAAUGGGAGCGCGGCCGGGCGCGACGGAACGCAAUCUGUGUGCGCGGCGCUGAGCAUCGCCGUGCCCGCAAAGCAGCCCUGCAAAGCAAAGAGCACAUCGGGGGUGCUGCGUUGUGCCGGGCGCUGCCGUGAGGAUCCCCAGCGCGGGGCACAACGACACGCGGCUGGGAGGGACGGCGGCACCGCGCGGCCGGGCAGCGCUGCGCUGUUCUGCUUUCGUAGGGCGCGGCUUCGGGGUCCCAACGCCGGGCGCAGCCCCGGAGCACUCCCGGUGUACCCGUGCGGAUGGAGCUCGGAGCUGCCGCCCCGUUGGCUGUCGGUUGCGGCCGCGCAGCACAGCGGGAGCUGUUUGGGGACGGGGCCUUUUGCCACCGCUCGGCAUCCUGUGCGUGCGGAGCCCAACGCGGCGCCCUGGGGGAGCGGUGGGGAUGGGGCCCUCCCCGCUGCGCGGGACCUGCAGCCCUUCCCGCUGGGACGCGAGGAUGCUCAGCCCAAAGGAGAACGUCGGCGGGUUUUCUGCUCGCUGGGCAGCGGUGUUUGGAGGGGUCUCAUUGUUCUUAACGGAGAACAAAGGGAUUCUUCCCCUGGGGGGUGGUUUUGUUCCUGCGUGGGUGCAGUGUUCGGUGGCCGAGGUCUGCGGGCAGUGAGACAAGGUGCUGAGCGCCCGGCGUUUGGAGAACCGUGCUGGAUUUGUGCUGCAGCUCAGUGCCUCAGGACCUGGGGAGGUCCCAGCCCUGCUCUGCUGUUGGCGGCUCCAACGCUUUAAGGGCACGUCCGAGCUGCAGUGAGCUCCUGACGUUGCUACCAGCCAUAGGAUGGGAGCGGCCGGACUCUUCUUAACGCCUGUGCUUCAUUAUCUGCAUCAUUAAAGGCUGCUUGCUCUUCCAGCUCUGGGUGAAGGGCUAACAGCAGCUCUCUGGGUCCCACAGGGAUACAGGUGAUGAGGGAUGGCAGCAGGAAGGAGGAAGGCUGCCAGGCUCGGGGUGUCUGUCUGUGCCAGCAAUACUCACAGGUGUGAGGGGCAGGGAUGGGACGGUGCCCACAGCAUCCAUGCAUCGAAUGGAAGUGCAGAUUUCAGCCCUCUCCCAGCGACGGGAUGACGGCGGUGCCUUCUUUGGGUUUUGCCUUCGUGGCUUCUCCAUCCAUCAGAUGGAAGCACACCUCUGCAAUGCCUUCAGUGCCUUGGCUGGGUUUCCCGUUGUGCCCUCCUGCGCUCAGUGCUGUGGCUCCCGGCCGUCCCCAUGAUGUGGGUUGUGCCCCUGCACGUUGUUGUGGGACUGGAUCCACGCAGCCCUGGCUGUGUGACAACAGGAGGAAAUGGUGCUGGUUGCUUCACUCCCCGUUCCGCUCGGGUGCCCCUGGGCAAGCUGUGUUCCUGGGGCUUUUUCUAGGAAACCGACAUCUUCUGGGAGAGGGGAAAAAAAAAGGCCAUAAAUAAAGGGCCGGAUCCUGCUCAUCCUUGCUGUUUCCAGCUGCCAACCCCUGCGUGUGCUGUGGGUGGGAUUGGAGGUUUGCUCCGAGAAAGCGAAGGGGAGCUGGAUGUGUGUGCCUGCUCCUGCAGAGUGCGCCCCAGAGCUGCGCCCGGGUGGGACGGGCAGCUCUGCUUCCCGCUGCUCUGUUCCGUUUGCUCCUUGCUGGUUCCCUGGAGGAGCCCCGGACCUGAGCUCACGCCGUUGGAAUUCCCUGCCGCGCUGCUGGGAGAGGCGCUCGCUGCGAUCACUUCCAGAUGCUGCUCCCGCUGCUCUUCCUGCAAAACGUCUCCGGUCACCCCGGGCUGUGGGACCAAACCUGCUCUGGGGAGCUCUUCAUUUCCCCAUCCCGCUGCUGAAGUGCAUCUGGGGUUUUGCUGAGGGAAAACGCCGCUCUUGGCCUUCUCCAAACCAAGGGUUCUGCAGAGAAAGCGACUCGAUUCGCCAUGAGGAGGGAGAGUGCCUUCCAGGAGCAGCCUGCCCUGAUCGAGCCGGGGAGGAAUGAGCGGUCAAUGAAUUAAAGAUGGGUGGAAAAUGAGCAGAGGGAAACGCAGCCAUCAGCGGGACGGUCCCCAUUCCACUCCAUGGCCACCCAAAAUCCAGCCCGCACUUGGGAACGCGAUGCUGGCGCACACCUGACCCCAACGAAGGAGCCCUGCUGCGCCUGGGGUUGGCUCCUUACCUUUACCCCACCUGGCUUCUCGUUAUCUGGGGGAAGAGAGGAUGGCCCCAUAGCCCAGCAGCCCCCGGAGCUGCUGCCCUCUCUGCUCACACCGCGUGGGAGGACCGUGAGCAGCAGUGGCUGCGAUGAGAGCCCCGGCCCUCGGCUGAUGCCCGCCCUGCUGAUAAAGAUGAUCAAUAAGUCCCGAGGGAAGAUACUGGGAGUGCUGGCGCUGUUUCUGGUGAUGGUGUGGUACUCGAUAUACCGGGAGGACAGCUUUUAUUUCCCCGUGCAAGAAAACAAGACCGUGUGUCCCAUUGGGGAGGUGGAGAGGAAGGCAGCACAGCUCAUAGGGAACUACUCGAGGGACCGCCCGCUCUUCCUGCAGCUGAAGGAUUACUUCUGGGUGAGGACGCCGUCGCUCUACGAGCUGCCCUAUGGCACCAAAGGCAGCGAGGAUGUCCUCCUGCGCCUGCUGUCGGUCACCAGUUACCCGCUGCCUGAGAGCAUCCAGAGCCUGAAGUGCCGGAGGUGCGUGGUGGUGGGCAAUGGGCACCGGCUCCGCAACAGCUCCAUAGGGGACACCAUCAACACCUACGAUGUGGUGAUCAGGCUGAACAACGCGCCGGUGCACGGCUAUGAGCAGGAUGUGGGCUCCAAGACCACCAUGCGGCUCUUCUACCCCGAGUCAGCCCACUUCGACCCCCAGGCAGAGAACAACCCCGACACGCUGCUGGUGCUGGUGCCCUUCAAGCCCAUGGACUUCCAGUGGAUGGAGGCCAUCCUCAAUGACAAGAAGAGGGUUCGUAAAGGGUUUUGGAAGCAGCCCCCGUUGAUCUGGGAUGCCAGCCCGGAGCAAGUGCGCAUCCUCAACCCUUACUACAUGGAAGUAACUGCUGCUAAACUGCUCAGCCUCCCCAUGAAGCAGCCACGGAAGGUCAAACAGGCUUUGGGUACCCUGACUCAGCCAACAAGAAGCAAACCAUCCACUACUACGAGCAGAUCACACUCAAGUCCAUGGCUGCCUCGGAGCACAACAUCUCACACGAGGCGGUGGCCAUCAAGCGCAUGCUGGAGCUGGGACUGGUCAAGAACCUCACGUACUUCUGAGUGCAAUGGGGCUGCGCAGGGACACGUCCCCACCUCGGAGCCCGCCAAGGUCCUGGAGCAGCCGGUGUCCCUGUGCCCAUCACGAUGCUGGUGGCACUGUGGGGGCCACGCCGGCUCGCCGGCCCCAGGGGCGCAGGGAGCCCCUCAACGGGGGCUUUUCAUAUGGAAACACUGAAACUAGUGAGGACUGGGGAGGGAUUCUGGGGAGGAUGGAGGGAACCUCCCCCCAGCAGGUCUAGGGGGCACGGCAGGGUGCAUUGGAGCCCCCCUCUUCCCUUGGAUACUCUUGCAUUUGGGAUGAGGAGCCUGAGGAGGGGCUGAUGGGGGGUCCUGGGGGAGUCCCCUGUGGGUGGGAGGCUGAGUUGCAGCCCCCUCCCAGCUGGGCACCCUAAAUAUUUAAUUCCUCCCUUCUUCCCCCCUCCUCUUUUUAAUUUUCUUUUUACACGUUGGCCCAGCCUCAUGCCUUAGUGCUGGUGUGGGGGGCUCAGCCCUGCAGCACCCUUGGGUGGCCCAUGGGGGGGUGUGAGGGUGACACAGUGGUGCAGAUUAAUUUAAUUAAUUUAAAAGAUUAUUUAUCAUGGGGCCUCCCUCCUCUGUGGCCUCGUGCAGGGGAGGCUCCCCCCUCCCCAAAGGUGCCUUUUGUCCCACCAUCGGCGCCUUGCUCACAUGGGAUCCUGCAUCCCCCAGGAUUUGGGGAAGGGGGGCCCUGGGACCCAUGGACCUUGGGGUGUUGGGGGGCUCCUGCUGGCACCCAAUAAAGGUCCUGGUGCGACUGGGCUGGGUGUUCCAUGCUGGGGCUGGAGAGGGGAUGAGGGAGUGACUGAGACCUCGCUGUGCCCUGCUGUGUGACUGUGUCCCCUUGUCCUUAAGUGUCUCUGUGCCCUGUCCCAGUGUCCCUGUUCAUGUCCCCAUGCACAUGUCCGUGUGUCCCUGGGAGUAUGCUGUGUCUCCAAGUCCCCAAACCUAGUGUCCCCCCAAGUGUGUCCCUCUGCCCUGAGCUCGGACCCUAUGACUCCAGGCACUGUCCCUAUAACCAUGUCACCAUGUCCUCACAUUCCAUGUUCCUGCCUCCAUGUCCCUGUGUGUGUGUGUGUGUGUCCCCUUGUGCUCUGUGUCCCAGCACCCGUGUCCCCUCCCUACCUGCUGGGUCCUUACCUGCCGUUUCCCCAGCACGUUGUCCUGGCUCCUGCAUCACCAGCAGCAUUGCCCUGGCGGUGGCCAUCCCCGUGCCUCAGUUUCCCCAUCCAUCGGGCUUCCCUUGGGCCCAC